UGAGCACAAGCAGCUCAGGAAAUGGAGUUCGACACUCGUGCAUGAGAGGGCUGCUGCUGCAUUGAAGCCUUCAGCGCCAGCUCCCAGGUUUCCUUACAGCAUGCAUAGGGCGCCCCUAUGGCGGCCUGCUUGGUUCUCGAUCCGGAUGGUCUGGUCCAUAGAUAGAUCCAUUCUUGGUGCAAGCCAGCCUUGCGGUUGAACGAAUCGUGAGCAAGAUCGGUUAGAGACAUCUUCUGGGUUCGCCUUAGCGUGCCGGUGUCGCAUGCUCAGAAAGAUGGCCUCAUCUGCUGCUAUCGCGGACGGCAUGGGGGGUUUAUCAACACCCACCCCAAUGCCCGGCGGGGGGCAGUCACAGCAGACGGUGUUGGGGGGCCUGUUCCGCCGUAAAGCGUCUGAUUCACAUCACCGCAUCUCGCAGAUCCCUCGAGUCCUCACAUUCAUACACCUUCUUCCAGUAGGUGUCGGUGCAACAAUCGGUGCUGGCGUGUACGUCCUGGUCGGCGCUGCGGCCAGGGAGAGGGCGGGCCCCGCCUUGACGUUGUCGUUCCUCUUGGCGGGGAUCGCCGCAGCACUAGCAGCUCUGUGCUAUGCGGAGCAAGCCAGCCGGUGCCCUUCCGCGGGCUCUGCAUAUCACUACGCAUACACCUGUGUUGGCGAAGCAGUGGCGUGGAUUGUUGGCUGGGGGCUGAUUCUCGAGUACGGCGUCGGAGCGGCCGCGGUGGCAAGGGGUAUUGCUCCCAACUUGGCGACAUUUGCCGGGGGUUACGACAACUUGCCGUGGAUCCUGCACCGCAUUCCGGUCUUCGAUACUGGCGUCGAGCUGGAUCCGGUUGCGGCGCUGAUGGUUGUGUUGGUGACGGUGCUCCUGUGCUACGGGAUCAAAGAGAGCGUGACAGUCCAGGGGGUUUUGGUGGUGAUGAACGGGGUUGUCCUCUCGUUUGUGGUCGUCGCGGGUGUCGUUGCGGGUUCGCGGAGCGGGUGGGAAGGGUACAAGCAACCGGGGGGGUAUGCACCCUACGGCAUCAACGGCGUCUUUGGCGGCGCCGCGAUGGUCUUCUUUGCGUACAUUGGGUUCGACGCGGUUGCUGCGACGGCUGAGGAGGUGAAGAAGCCGCAGCGCGACCUCCCGCUGGGCAUCGGGCUGUCGCUCCUCAUCUGCGGCGCACUCUACAUGGCGGUUGCCGCCGUUCUAGUUGGCCUCGUGCCGUACCACGACAUCAAUGUCGACACGCCGAUCUCGUCCGCUUUUGCGGCGCACGGGAUGCCGUGGGCGCAGUAUAUCGUUGCGGGGGGCGCACUCGCCGCGCUCUCGACGACGCUCAUCGGAUCCCUUCUACCGCAGCCACGUGUCCUCAUGGCGAUGGCUCGCGACGGGCUCCUUCCGCGCUGGUUCAGCCGGCUGGAUCCGGUCAACGGAACGCCGACCAAUGCCACCAUAGUCAGCGGACUCGUGGCAGCGGCGAUGGCGUUCGCGAUGAACAUCGACGAACUGUCCGGAAUGGUCAGCGUUGGCACGCUGCUCGCCUUCUCGGUCGUCAGCGCCUCGGUCCUCAUCCUUCGGUACGUACCGCCGGAACCGCCGGCGUCCACGUCAACCUACACCAGCCCCGAUCCGUCCGUACACGAUGCUGACCUCAUCGCCGCCGCCGCCGUCCUAAACCCCCCCGUUUCGGGGGGGUCCGCUCCCCACCCCCCGAGACCCCCCCUGCUGCACCACAGGAGCUUGUCGGAGGAAAGGCUGGUGACAAAGGAUCCGCUGCUCGGGGCGUUGCAGAAUUUGGGAAAUCCGCCGGAAGGGGUUCCGGUGUUGGAGGGAGUGAGAGUGCUGACGCGAAUAGGGAGCGCGGAGUUGCGGGCGAGCAUGGGGAGUAAAGAAGACGCGAAGCGGCGGCAAAGAGCGGCGUGGGCCAUCUCCGCACUGUCGGUCAGCGCGCCGGUCAUGUGCCUGGGGGCGGCGGGCGACGGCAUGCCGCCCUGGCUGCGGUGGGUGCUGGGCGGCCUGGGGCUGCCCUCCUUUUUGGGCUCCUACCUAGUUCUUCUCUUGUUGCCGGAAGACGAGGGGGCGCUCACGUUCGGGCAUGCCGGAGGCUUCCAGUGCCCCUUCGUGCCGACCCUUCCAGUCGCUAGCGUUGCGAUCAACGUCUACUUCAUGGUCAAUCUGGGAUUGGCCACGUGGCUCCGCGUCGGCGGAUGGCUGCUAAUGGGCGCGCUUAUAUACGCUCUGUACGGUUAUCAAAACAGUGCCCUUGGGCCUCCAAAGGGAGAGACCGAGCUGAAAACACUCGGGCCGCGCCGGCGGAGCUGGAUUGGGGACCUGGGUUACCGCUGGUUUAGCCGGUCGUUUGCUUACCUGCCCCAGGUUAACCAAGAUACGGAAGCAUAGCGGGAAUCCGGGGUUCUGAACGUUUAGUCGGUCGAAAGCGUAGGUUGACCGGAGUCAGAAAGGUACAGUGCAAGACAGGUUAUUCCAGGGGCGGAUAUGGGCACGGACGUUCCUGUCAAAAAGCAUUGGAGCGCCGCAAAUUGAAAGGCUGUGUCAUCAAGAGCGUUACGAAAAGAGACCAUCGAGAGCUCGAACAGCAUUAGGAUGCAUCUUGAAGGAACAUUGUCUUGUCUUGAUGGAUCGAAGCAGUAAGCUUGUAAUUAGCCGUAGCACGUAUCAACGUUGGUGAGAAGGUGUGGUUUCACCAAAGGAAGAAGUCAAAAGUUAGGGUGGGUUGGAAAAGCAAAGGAGGCUCACUCGUAGGCUCGUUCGCUGCAGUACAUAUGUAAUAUUAGUUCUCACUAUAGACCACGUUAGAAUUGCGGCAUACUGGGCUUCAGAGUUUCACGUUUUUCACUGAAUAGAAUAAGAGCAGACUGAUGAUUGCAUGCACCAGG